AUGGGCGGAACGAGGGAACAGGCAGCAACUGAAAAACAAAGGAGGAUUGUGGUAAGAGGGAUUAUUGUGCUGAAGAAGCAGAAAUUAGGUGAAUUAGAUGGUAGAAAAGAGCCUAAGAAAGAUAUGAAGAACGAGGGUAGUGGUAUAGGAAUUCUGGAAAACGAAUUUGGUGGCUAUAAUGAGAAGAAGAACAAGAAAAAGAAUGAGAAACGCAAUGUAGGAGAAAGAGGGUAUGUUGAGGAGAAGAAGGAAAAGAAGAAAAAGAAGCACAGACACAAUGAAGGUGAAGAUAAUGGUGAUGGUUACAAGGGGGUGGAGAAAGGAAAUGAUUAUGGGAAACAGUUUGAGAUUGAUAAGGGAAGGAAGCAUGAUGGGAAUGUUGUGGAAUUGGUUGAAAAGAAGAAGAGAAAGAGAAAGAAGGAUAAGAGUGAUGAAAAUGGGAAGGGCGCAGAAGCAUUAGUGCAGGUUCCGAAUGGGGAUGUUGCUGAAAUGGUUGAUAAAAAGAAGAAGAAAAAGAAGCAAAAACUCGAGGUGGAUGCAAGUGCUUCACAACAAGAUGAAACUUAUUUGGCAGAAAAUGAAAUGCAGGAGAACAAGAAUCAAAGUGGAGAAAGGGUUAAACUUGAAGCAUUUGCCAACGACUCUGAAUUGGACAGUGUUCAGAAGCGAGAAAAGAAGAAGAGGAAGAGAGACGAGAAAAAGCAAAAUGAUGUUUCAAGUGCUUUUGAGCAGGGUAGUCUGGCAGAAGUGCAACCAGAAGGGUAUGCUAAUGCAACUGGGAAGGAGGAAGUGGUUGCAGAUUUGAAAAACUGGAUGAGGGUCAAAGGGUUUUCAAAAGUAGAAGAUGAGGUUGUGAAAGAAGCUGUCCUUGGAUACAUAGAGGCACAUUGCUUAGGUGAAGAAGGUUUGAAAAUGGUCUUGACCUGCAUAUUGUACCCUGAAGUCUGGAAUUGCUGGAAGAAAAUAGGAACUUGCUUAGCAAUCGGCCUCAGAGUGCCAUCUAACAUCAUGCUCAAGUUUUGUUUUGAAGGGAUGGAAAAACGUAAAUGGACUGAAGAAGAGAUCAAACCAGUCCAUGAGUUCCAGGAGAAACAUGGGAACCAAUGGAAGCUUUUGGCUGAUGAACUUGGCAAACAUAGGAUUCACUUGGAUGCGAGCUGCACUGAAGAUGUGGAUUGGGCCAAUCUUCUUCAUCACAGAUCUGGAGAUGUAUGUCGGAAUUACUGGAAUCAAAUGGUUCUUCAUAUAGGUGAUCGUGGGAACAGGUCAUUUGCUGAUCAAGUUGAAGUUUUAGCAAAGUGA